AUGGGACCUGGAAUAGCAGAUUAUCCCGGCGCUUCGUCUGCAUGGGAUACUGUUGUUGUUCCCCUGGCCACAUCUCCAUCUUUGAAGGCUUUGGAUGGAGCCGCCAUGGGCGGUCGUGAGGCCGCGGGCAUAGUGCUGGGUAGUGUUGGCGCAUUGCAGCGAAGCAAGCGACUAAUCGAUAAGAGAGAGUUGCUCCUCCUCCAAGGAUCUCUGAUUGUCCUAUCCUCUCCCGCGUCCUCGCUGCCGCCAGACUUGGAAUUUGUGGGCGAUGAUAGGGGCUUAUCGGUGACGGGUGACCGACUCCUAGCUGGCUCAGCCCCCAUCUCCGUCGUUUUUUCUUCCAAGCGGGCCAAGAUGGCGAUGAAUUUUGUGACCUUCAACCAGGACUACAGCUACCUGGCUGUUGCCACCUCCAAGGGAUUCCGCAUAUUCACGACCGACCCUUUCGCUAAAAGCUAUGAGACAAAAGAAGGAAACAUCGCUGUCAUUGAGAUGCUCUUCUCGACUUCCUUAGUGGCACUCAUCCUCUCCCCGCGACGAUUACAAAUUACGAACACCAAGCGCCAAAGCACAAUAUGUGAAUUAACAUUCCCGACCACGGUUCUGUCCGUGAAGUUGAACCGAAAACGACUUGUCAUCGUGCUGGAGGAUCAGAUCUACCUUUACGACAUUCAGACCAUGGGGCUAUUGUCUACAAUUGAUACCUCACCGAACCCGCAUGCUAUAUGUGCACUCGCACCUUCCUCGGAUAACUGCUACAUGGCCUAUCCCCUGCCUCAAAAGGCCCCUGCGACAGUCAAACCACCGGCGCAUGCUCCGCCAGGCACGACACAUGUCUCGUCCACAAGCGGCGAUGUUCUUAUCUUCGACGCCGUGAAACUCGAAGCGAUCAACGUUAUCGAGGCUCAUCGUUCUCCGUUGGCCUGUAUCACCCUCAAUAGUGACGGCACGCUGCUUGCGACCGCUUCGGACAAGGGCACUAUUAUUCGUGUUUUCUCUGUCCCCGAUGGCCACAAGCUAUACCAGUUUCGACGUGGAUCGAUGCCUUCUCGAAUCUAUAGCAUGUCCUUCAACACCACAUCCACCCUUCUCUGUGUCUCCUCGUCUACCGAGACCAUCCAUCUAUUCAAGUUGACCCGGCAAGGGCCUUCCUCAGACGCUUCUUCCGCUCACUCUCCGGUCGGUCGGGACUCUCACCUCGGUCCCAGUCUAUUUGGAAAGGAUGAGAAUGAGCUUGGCGAGAGCAGCUCAGAAUUAGCAGCUAGAAAGCAUAAUGGUACAUUGAUUGGUAUGCUCCGUCGAACAUCUCAAAAUGUCGGUGGCGCAGUUGCCGCAAGGGUGGGCGGAUAUCUUCCUAAAGGAGUCAGUGAGAUGUGGGAACCCGCACGAGACUUCGCGUGGAUUAAGCUGCCCCGGUCCAAUCAGGGUGCAGGUGGAAACGGUCACACCGGGCCGCUUCGGAGUGUUGUUGCUAUGAGCAGCAAUACGCCUCAGGUGAUGGUUGUCACCAGUGACGGAAACUUUUACGUUUUCAAUAUCGACUUGUCUAAAGGUGGGGAGGGGACCCUCACAAAGCAAUACUCGGUUGUCGACUCGAAUGAUAGAUUGGGGCACCCCGCGGUUUCCGCGUGGUCUGAAUAG